AUGUCUAAGCCGGCCUUGCUCAUGAGGAAGCAAUCCAACUUCUUCAUCGUCCCACGAGCUAGAAAUCGUAGUAGCCAGCACAAUAAACGAGGACACAAGCUGACUGUACACGCACUUGUCGACUUGGCACAAGCGCAUCUACAAUUCCCGACGCCCCCCUCCCGGUCGCCGACGCGCUGCCACGCUGCAACGCUCCCGCCGGCCUCGCUUAUAAGAACUGGGCUACGCCAACCAGCGCUGCGUCUGGGUCGUCAGGGGCACCCGGCCGAGAUCCGGCCCUCGCUCGACGAGGCCGACAUCGACAUGGACGUGGACGACGAGUUCACGACCAAGCACGCCUGCGCGCAGUUGGGCGUCACGCGGGAGGCGAUACUAGAGCGGCCGCAGAGCGACUAUGUGAGGUUUCGCGAGUGGCUGCUCGAGACGGAGCUGUAG